GUGACGUAAUUCUUAGAUAGCCGGAAGAAGAACAGAACAAGAACGAGUGAAAACUAGAGGGAUAAGUUUCUGUUCUAAGUCUUGUAAUCUGGCCUUUCAUUAUCCUGUUUUUCUGUGAAGGAAAUUAGAGCCAGAACAUGUCAGCUUUGGAGAAACAUUUGUUUAACUUGAAAUUUGCAGCAAAAGAACUGAACAGAAAUGCUAAAAAAUGUGAUAAAGAAGAAAAGACAGAAAAAUCAAAAAUUAAGAAGGCAAUUCAGAAAGGUAACACGGAAGUUGCCAGAAUACAUGCAGAGAAUGCUAUCAGACAGAAAAAUCAAGCUAUUAACUUCCUUCGAAUGAGUGCCAGGGUAGAUGCAGUGGCAGCAAGGGUUCAGACUGCAGUAACAAUGGGCAAGGUAACCAAAUCAAUGGCAGAAGUUGUGAAAUCCAUGGAUGCAACACUGAAGAGUAUGAACCUUGAAAAGAUAUCUGCCUUGAUGGACAAAUUUGAGCGUCAGUUUGAGACCCUAGAUGUUCAGACACAGCAGAUGGAGGACACAAUGAGCAACACUACAACCUUAACAACACCACAGAAUCAAGUGGACACAUUACUUCAGGAAAUGGCUGAUGAAGCUGGCCUAGAUCUGAAUAUGGAACUUCCUCAAGGUCAAACAGGUUCUCUUUCUGCAAGUGUGGCUUCAACAGAGCAGGAUGAACUUUCUCAGAGACUGGCACGUCUUCGAGAUCAAGUGCAAGACUAAAGACAAAAACAUUUUGCAUGCAUCAAAACACUUCAUGGCUGUAUUUAUUCUGAGCAUUAUAAGCUCAGGAACUGCAGUACAAUUUGUACAGAAGGUUUAUAGGUAAUGUUAAGUUCUUAUGUGGAUGUGCACAGAAACUGUCAUUCUGUAAAAGAUUAUACUGUCCAUGACAUACCUUCCACUAAAUAUUUACAUAAAAGUAAGCUUAAUAUGCAUUUUUCCAAUCAUUUGUUUGAUUUUUAGAUUUUGAUUUCAUCAGACAUUUAUAACAGCCUGCAGAUUUUGGUAUUUCACUUGCAGGCACAACUUCAAUAAAUAGAUUUGUUCCCAAUGGAGGCUGAAAAUUUUUAUAAUGUUAUUUAACCCCCUUGCCAUUUCUCUUCAUCCUGUCUCCUGUUUGUACUUUAAAAAUAUUAUGUUUUUGUUUUAAAUUAUCAUAAGUGUAAGAGGGUAAUGUGUAAAUUAUUUCUAAGUACUUAAAUUAGGAGAGUUGGGAUUUGUGACAUUGCUUGGUAUAAAGAAAAAUAUAUACAUUAUAUUUUAUACAUAUUUGAUGGUUUUUCAUUUAUACCAUUCUCUGUCUGUGAAUAUGUAAUCUGUAGCAGCUCAUUUUCUCUUAAUAGGGAGUACAUUAAACUUUAACUUUCCAUAUUUGCUAUUGAGCAGCAGUCAUUUUCACAUUACUUUUACUUUGUGGUAUUGUUUGUAUUUGCUGCCUUUAAAAUCAUGUAGUAUUCUUGUUUAAAUAAACCUGGACUGUUGGAAGGA